CGGUCCCAUGUUGAAAGUGGCACUCUCACUUUCAGAAGUGCUUGGAAAGCCAUGUCAUUGGGGAAGCACCUCACUGAUGUCUUUCGUUAUGGUGCGCGGAAGCAUUGCCGAGGCUUCAGUAGCGAGCCGGUGCUCUCACAGCUCUCUCGCGUGAUCUCCAAGUCGGGUACUGAAGGCUUGCAAGAGUUCCAGGCUUCGCACCCCGACGCGGCCGAGCAACGGCGGGAUGCGCUGCGGCGCUUGGGCGCCCAGGCCGAGAAGGACCCCAGCCAUCGAGCUGAAGCCAUUUCCGAAGCUUUGGAUGUCAUGAAGGAUCCACACCCCUUGGUGCGGCUUGCAGGUCUCCACACCUUGGCUCGUGUGUGCCCGGUGGGUUCGCAGCACUGGCGCGAUGCAGCGGACCUGUCCGGCGAUGCGGACGAGCUGCUGCGCGUGGGCGCGCUGCGUGCCGUGGGGCGGAUGGCCGAGCCAGGAGACCCGGAGGCCCUCGAGUUCCUGCAGCGUGCCGAGAAGGAUGCGACGGACCGGAACGUGCGUGGCGCCGCCCGGGACGCGCAUGCGCGGCUCCUGGGCCGCUUCGGUGCGCUGCCGGGCGGAGGCCAAGCCUCGAUGCUGGAGUGAAAAUCAUCCGGACCUGUCGGUCAGUGCGAAGCUCCGAAGGGAUCGGAGGUGAUGUGGGG